UGGAGAUAAAAAAUAUGAAAAAUGGCAGAACAACUCGAGGGGAAAUCCACCUCUCGAGCCAAAACCGGAAUAAACCUUAUAACACCACUACCACCCAAGCCGACAUACAUGAAUUCAACCGAAAUCACAACUGAAAUUCAACAGAAAUUAUCCCACAUAAAGGAGAAAUAGAGACAAUCGAAGUUAUUGAUGAAUGGGCUCUAAUUUACUGUGAAGACGACAUUCCUAUCACAAGAAAUACCGUUAAUGGCUAUAAUACCUACUUUCAGCCUCCAAGGCCUGCAUUGCAGGAGGAGAGGAAGGUUCAAGAAAUUUCCGAUUCCAAACUGACAGAGUUAGGAAAUACCUCAAUCCCUACUACGAAAUCAUCUCUCGCAUCAACAUACCCAGGCAAACACAUCAGAUUUACGUUCAAAGAGAACAUCGAGGCUGAAAGAAAAAAUUCUGGCCUAAAGCUACACAAGAAAUGCCAGUCAAACUUGAAAACUUCUGUUGGAACAAACGAUAUUGGCAAUACACGGCUAAACUUUACAAGAAAAUUCAAUCCCAAGAAAACGAAAGGUAGCCGUAGUAAAUAACCAGAAAUUGAGAAGAGAUUUGAACAAGACAUCCAUCAAAUCGCUUAUAACCCAAAAAUUGGCACCUUGCAAGAAGAAAAUGAAAGAUUUGAAUUCAAAAUCCUUUUACAGUAAACCCAAAAAGAGGCUAAAGGUUCUUUCCUUCAGGAAAGACCCUAAUAGCAGCAAGCUGUACCAUUCCCUCAAACAAAACAUGAAGAAGACCAAAAACCUAGAAAUCUUAAAGGAAAAAUCUAACAAGGACCUAUACGUUGUACCCGUCUCUAAGGCAGACUGUAUUGUUGGAAGUUCGAAGCAAACCUCCGAGAGCUCUGAAGAGGAUUAUAAGGACAUGAGCUGCAGUGAGGGCUCGAGACCUGGCUUCCCUAAGAAGUUCUCCAAGCAUUCUCUUAUUAAAAGCCAUAUUAUGGAAACUUAUGUCAACUCUGUUGAGAAAAACAACAGCUAUAGAAAUAGGAACUCACUCAGUAUUGGAGAAGCAAUCAGGCAUAGCAGUAUCGCCAACACUGCAACUAAGGAAGAUAUAAAGCUAGAGCCAGUCAGCAAGGACAAUAUUAAAUAAGCUCAACCUCAGAAAUAGUAGGGCUAAGUUCCAUGAAACCUUAGUUGGAGGAAUGAUCGAUGGUCACCACCCAAUCUCUCGUGUAAGGUCAGAUUAUCAAGUUACCAAUGGGGUUAAACUUUGGAGGCCAUUCACCACUAUUGCUAAGCUUAAUUAUGUAAGUCCAACAUUAUCUCUCUACAAAAGUGAUGUUGGGAAUGUUUUCCUCCGAGAGUCUCUAUCAGGAAAUGACAGCGACCUCGGAUGCCUAAAACCCGUUAGACUAGCUUCCAGAAUAGAGGCAGCACUUCUAAAACCUGAAAUUUCAACUGGAGAAGAGGAUUGUAACCUCUCAGACCAGUUACAGAGGAACAAUACAUCCAAUGACCUGGAUUUUGAUGAUCUAAGUAAUCUGAUUCCAUUUGACGAUCAACUCAAGGCUUAAUAUAAUUCAAUAAUGAUUUAUAUA